AGCAGGGCUGUGGUACGGCAGCCUGGGUGUUUUUCAGAGAAAAGCAAGACGAGGUGCCUUGUGGGGCAUUUCCAGUCCCUGGGAGGGCACGUGUUUGCCUCUGGCAACAAGCCCGAGAUCCAGGCGGAUUUCCCAGUGGGAGUCUGUUAGGACAUCUCAGACUUCCCUGAAUGGCACAGCUCCCUUGGUGGGGUCUGGUGGGAGGGCAGCUGAGCACUGCCUGCCCUGGCUGUUCCCAGUGCUAGCGCUGGUUCACCACUGCAGAGCUGACCUCUCCUUGCCUCCCCAGUUUUAUUCCUUGGGAAGCCCUGGGUGGUCCUAGCCACUGCUGCCAGAGGGUUGGAAGUGCCUCAUUGCUGUGCACAGGGUGGUGUUCAGAAGAGCCACCUUUAUCUCAGCUCUGUCCUCAGCUCCUGACUGCCUGCAGCACGGCACAGUCUGGGAGGAGGAGUGGGAAUCUCCUGGUCACUCGUUUGGACUCGGCAGCCUGAAGCAGAUGAGGAGAGAGGUUCGUAAGCGCAGAAGCACCAAUGGAGACGUCUCCAGCUCAUCCCAGGACCCUCAGCCCUCCAAGGUGGGACAUGGCUCUGUUCCCCAGCCCAGCAGUGGUGCUCAGCAUGCCUCAGGUAAGCUUUAUGAAGAGGAAGAGGACGAUGCCCUGCCGGACUCGGACGCCCUGCCCGACUCAGAUGACGAGGUGGAGCUGGACAAGCCACGCCCCAUACAGAUUGUCCUUGCUCAUGAAGAUGACCAUAACUUUGAAUUAGAUGAAUCAGCUUUGGAAAAAAUCUUGCUUCAGGAACAUAUUAAAGAUCUUAACAUAGUAGUUGUGUCUGUAGCAGGAGCUUUCCGCAAAGGAAAAUCUUUUUUGCUGGACUUCAUGCUUAGAUACAUGUAUAACAGGACUUCUCCUUGUUGGAUAGGUGGAAACACGGAGCCAUUGACCGGGUUUACAUGGAGAGGUGGAUGUGAACGGGAAACCACUGGCAUUCAGAUUUGGAGUGAAGUGUUUGUAAUUGAAAAACCUAAUGGAACAAAGGUUGCUGUACUACUCAUGGAUACCCAAGGUGCCUUUGAUAGCCAAUCCACUAUCAAAGACUGUGCAACAGUUUUUGCCCUCAGCACCAUGACGAGCUCUGUCCAGGUAUACAACUUGUCUCAGAAUAUUCAGGAAGAUGACCUUCAGCACUUGCAGUUGUUUACAGAAUAUGGAAGACUAGCUAUGGAAGAAAUCUACCAAAAGCCGUUUCAGACAUUAAUGUUCUUAAUUAGAGAUUGGAGUUAUCCUUAUGAACAUGCAUAUGGCUUGGAAGGAGGAAGAAAGUUCCUAGAGAAAAGAUUGCAGGUAAAGCAAAACCAACAUGAAGAGCUACAGAAUGUAAGGAAGCAUAUUCACUCCUGUUUCAGUAAUCUUGGGUGUUUCCUGUUGCCCCACCCUGGUCUUAAAGUUGCAACAAAUCCAAAUUUUGAUGGGAGAUUGAAUGAUAUAGAUGAGGAUUUUAAGAAUGAGCUGCGGAAUUUGAUACCGUUACUGCUUGCCCCUGAAAACUUGGUAGAAAAAGAGAUUAGUGGAUCCAAGGUGACCUGUAGAGAUCUUGUAGAAUACUUCAAGGCUUACAUUAAAAUCUAUCAAGGAGAGGAGCUACCUCAUCCGAAAUCUAUGCUGCAGGCAACAGCUGAGGCGAACAAUCUUGCUGCUGUGGCAGGAGCAAAAGACUUGUACAGCAAAGGCAUGGAGCAGGUGUGUGGGGGAGAUAAGCCUUACCUUGCCCCGUCGGACCUGGAGCAGAAGCACCAGGAUUUCCGCGAGAGCGCCAUCCGCCACUUCCGCUCCGUCAAGAAGAUGGGAGGGGAGGAGUUCUGCCGGCGCUACCAGGAGCAACUGGAAGGGGAAAUUGAAGAGAUCUAUGCAAACUUCGUGAAGCACAACGAUGGCAAAAACAUCUUUUAUGCUGCUCGUACCCCUGCCACUCUCUUUGCAGUCAUGUUUGCCAUGUACAUAAUCUCAGGACUGACUGGGUUCCUUGGCAUGAACUCCAUAGCUGCCCUGUGUAAUCUCGUGCUGGGGAUGGCUCUUAUAUCGUUUUGUACUUGGGCAUACGUUAAGUACUCUGGGGAAUUCAGAGAAGUUGGAACAGCCAUUGAUCAGAUCGCUGAAGCUAUAUGGGAACAGAGGAAUCCCAGGAAGGUGUUUUCCAAACUCUUUGAAGUCCUUAGACGCCGAACGGUUCGUCGUGCUCUCACAUCAGUGCCGCGACAGCGACUCUCAUCCAACAAUAACAAGAAGAAAAACUAGCCAGUAUUUUUAACUUUCUUUCUGUAUCUGAAGUGUUCACACUUACACAUAUAGGACAAUAAGCUGGACCGUCUGGGCCGGUCUGCAUAAAUGCUGUAACCAUACCAGACUGAUGCUGCAUAUGGGGUAUGGAAUUGCACAUCCAUCUUCUAGGAACUGUAAAGUGGUUUGAAUUCAGUGAAAUACUGCUGUGUAGGAGGGGUAUCACUUGUGUCCAUAGCAUGUGACUGCUUUAACCUCAUUACUCGAGCAGCAAAAUUCAUUUCUCUUUCAGUUCAUGCCACUUUGUGUCAGACUUCAUCAUUCUAAGUUUUUUCAUGAUUUCAAAUCUCAUCUCUUUAUAUGAUUUUAUAUCUUCUUUUCCUUGGUUACCUCAUUUUCUUGUUUCUUUUGCACAUCUCUCAUUCCACAGGUGUUGAAGCCCAUGAGUGAUAAUUUGAUGGAGGAUCAUAUGAGGCAGUCUGUAAAAAACUCUAUCAAAGCAGGCCUGACCGAGCAGGUGGCUCACCAUGCCAGACUAAAGACAGACUGACAGUUCGUCUCCUCUUCAACUCUGCCCUCUCAUCCUAGACAUGCUUGCUGUACCAUGAGAACUCAAUAAUAAAAAAAAAUAAAUAAAAAUAAACCAAAGUUUACAAUCAACUGUAGAAGUAGUUUAGUGUGAUUGGCUUCACAGAUUGCUGCCAUCACCGGGGAAGAGUUACAUUUGUCAGUGCUCAGCUCUCAGACAAACUGGUGCCAUGGAGCCCGCUGGGGUGGGAGGGAGCGGCUCAGUUUUACGCGUUUGGGGGAAGGGAGGGGGAGCUUCCCCAGCGUUGUGAGUCCGUGCGGGCUCUGGCUCACAGGGGAGCCCGUCCCCUGCAGCAGCUGACUUCAGGGACGUGUCACGAUCAGCCCCAUCCAGCUGUGCUCUCCCCGAUGGCCCCAGCUCGGCACCACCCCCGGCAGCUCCCGCGAGCGUUUCUGUGCGCGGCCGGUGCAGCCGUCGGAGCAGCCCCUCCAUUACAACGCGUCUCCUGCUUUCUUGCCUUGUCCCAGUGUUACACAGAUGCAUGUGCUGGUUCCUCACGCAGAACUGGGCUGUCAGGGAGGCAGUGGCUCAGCACAGAGGGUGCCUCGCCUUGAACUCGCAGACCUGGUCCCGAGGGAGGUGCAUAUCGGAACUGAGCUGUCUUUUUCUGCAGUUUAGCCUUCAUGUAUAUAAUAUUGCCAUUAAUUCUACUGGGGAAGAAAUUCCAUCCAAAAAUGUUGCCUACAGCUACCAAGCAAUGAGUUAGGAUUGUCUGUACAGUGUGUUUAGUUUUUAUUUUUUAAGAAAUCACAGAUAGGGCAUGUAUAUGAAAUAUAAAUAUAUAAAUACGAUUUUGUAUCAAAGUUUUGUAGUUUAUGGCAAAACCUGGUUCUGUGGUAGCUAAGUGCAGUUCCUGUAAAGGAAUGUUUGUGGCUCAUGUAAAUGUGUGAAUGCAUCAACAAUUUGAAGUUUUUUGAUAUAUUUGUGAUAUUUACCUGCCUUGAGCACUGCAAUCUCUCACCCCCUUGGAAAAAUCAAUGGGAAUGUUUGUUGUGAAACUCUUGUCUUCUGUUGCAUUUUAAAGUUAUUUCCUGUAAUUUAUUUUCAGUACAUGAUUAAAAUCAGUUGUGUAUAUAUUAAAUGAAAUCCGUGCUUAUUUUUAAAAGAUGUUCAAGUAUUGUAUUCUACUACAUAAACUAUGUCAAAUACUUAUCCUGACAAUUAUAUGAACAGAUUUGUUCUAUUGUACUUCAUAGCUUUCUAUUGAAGCCGAUGUUCCUCUCAUGCUUGUCUCUGGAAGGUGACCUCUGUCCAGCUCAUACCCCCUCCCUGUAUAGGAAAACCUCCUGCUGUUCUUAAGCACGCUUUUGACUUGUGGAGUUGCUUGUCAGAUUCUGCCUUCCGACAAUUGUAUCACUCUGAAAUCUUGUUACUGGCUUUACUUUCAUUCUUGGCUAAAUCAGUAUCAACUGUGUGGAGUGUAAAGGCAGCUAAACAAUUAACUGCUGUAGUUUCAGCUGGAAAUGGCUGUGUGCAAUAGCUGGGUUAUUUGCAUUCCUAAAUGGUAACAAUUUUCAUCAACAUUUGAGCUUUAACAUCUCCCCUCUCUUGAGUGAGGGAAAUCAUCUGUCUAGGACUAAAGCAAUUGCACUGUGACUUUUGCACUGCAAAGAACUGCUGGGGAGUGGUGGUUACCUGUCCUCUGCAGGUGAGGGCUCAGCUCCAGGGGAAUGAUGCUAAAGAUGAGGUAGGAAUGUCGCAUUUUAUGAUAUCUCAACCUGUACAGAUUAAAUACUGUUAUUCAAACAA